CUUCAUGAGGUGUUGGGCGGGCUGUUGGCUGAGACCUCUCCUUCUUCCGUGUGCACUCGCAGCUCCAAGCGGCCUCUCGGCGGCUCGGCGGCCGUCCACACGGGGGACGCUGUGCUCACUCCCACUUUCCUCAAGCGCUCCAGGUCCCAGGAGCUGCUCCACAUCGCCCAGGAGCUCCUGCACACCGAGGAGACCUACGUGAGGCGGCUGCACCUGCUAGACCAGGUAGCCUUCUGGCUGGGGCAUGCCUUUGUCUACGUUCAUAGUUUCAUGGGCAGUUUCACAGGGAACGUGAACCCUCGGUUCGGGGACAUCUGCAGAAGGCUGGCCCCGUUCCUCAAGAUGUACGGCGAGAUAGUCAAGAACUUUGACCGAGCGGUGGAGCUGGUGAGCGCCUGGACCCAGCGCUCGCCCCUGUUCCGGGACGUGGUGCACAGCAUCCAGGAGAAAAUGCACAAGCUCCUGGAAGUGUACGAGCAGCUGGGUGGGGAGGAGGCUGUGGUCAACCCGGCCAACGAGCUGAUCAAGGAGGGCCACAUCCAGAAGCUGUCGGCCAAGACGGGCGCCGCCCAGGACCGCCACCUCUUCCUGUUCAACAGCAUGGUCCUCUACUGCGUGCCCAAACCGCGGCUCCUGGGCCAGAAGUUCAGUGUCCGGGAAAAGAUGGACAUUUCCGACCUCCAGGUGCAGGACACCAGCAAGCCGCCAGCAGCCCCCACGUUCAUCCUCACGGGGAGGAGCCGGGCCCUGGAGCUGCGCGCCCGGACGGAAGAGGAGAAGAAAGAAUGGAUUCAGGUCAUCGAAGCCACCAUCUCGAAGCACAAACAGAACAGCCAGACCUUCAAGGCCUUCAGCGCCGCCUUCAGCCAAGAUGAGGACCCCUCCCAGACUCCAGAGCCCGCUACGACGAGUGCCAGCUUCGAGGAGCCUGCGGUGGCCGCCGACGGCAGAGGGGGUGCUGCAGGGCUCGAGCCCAAGAGGGGGUCCUCCAAGAUCAGGCGGGACAAGGAGAAGCAGAGCUGCAAGGGCUGUGGCGAGACGUUCAACUCCAUCACCAAGAGGAGGCACCACUGCAAGCUGUGCGGGGCGGCCAUUUGUGGGAAGUGCUCCGAGUUCAAGGCAGAGAGCGGCAGGCAGAGCCGAGUGUGUGGAGAGUGUUUCCUGACACAGCCAGUGGCCCCCGCGAGCACCAGCCCCAGGGCGCCUGCCGAGCCCCAGCAGAGCGUGGAGGUGGGUCCCUGAGCCUGUGGCACGAGCUGCCACCUGGCAGCCUGGGCAGCCUGGGCUCCUGGGCAGCCAGCUUCCCGGGACCAGGACUGACGGGCUCGGAGGCCUGCAGGUGGCUGAGCAGCGGCACUGGAAGGUCGAGCAUCCUGCCUGUGCGCCAGG